AUGUUCCAUUUUAUUGUCCAUCUGGGAAUCAAACAAUCCUAUAGAUGGGUCUAUGAAGGAGUAAUAGAUGAUCCUUAUGGUGAAUUUUUCAUUGCAGAAGACAAAUCUCUUCAGAAGGAGAGUCUUACUAAAGAUUAUGAUGCUAAGUAUUGGCGACAGCGUUACAGCCCCAAAGAUGGAAUUCCUAGUUUCCUUGCAAAUAUUGCGGAAACAAUUUUGACCACAGGAAAAUAUCUAAAUGUUCUGAGAGAAUGUGGACACAAUGUUCAGGUCCCUCCAUCAGAAAAUUCAAAACUAAUGAGCUUUGGCUCAAAUCGUCAUUAUCUUGAAUGUAUUAAGGCUGCUUAUAACUUCGCAAGUGGCGAACUUGUGAAUCUAAUUAAGGAAAAGGUGAUUUGUAAUAUGAUUAGGCUUGUAAAUUCUCAGCUUACACUUUAG